GCGCAUAUGCACAAAGCCCCACUGCACUAUAUAAGGCCACUAUCUUCAAUACUGCAUGUUGGGCUUGGACACUCGAGUAGAAUCUACCUACAGACACUCUCACUCUGAAAGACCAGCUGCCCAAUGGCUACUUGUGGACAUGAGAGUGGACAGUCAUCGCCACUAGUUAAGAAGUGUGGUGACCUGUCUACACUGUAUGUAAAACUAUUUCCUGCUUGUGCUAAAUGGUACAAUAUUGGAUUGAACCUGAUGCUCAGUAAUGACGUACUGGAAAAGAUAGGGAUUGCACAACAUGACAAUACUGAGAACUGUCUACGUGAAAUGCUGGCUAAACGACUGCAGGCAGUUGGUCCCCUCUCGUGGAAGGAGGUGUGCAACUGUCUCCGAUCUUCAACCGUGACUCGUAACGAUGUGGCAGAAGAGAUUGAAGAUUGGAGAAAAGAAACGGCGGGUAACGCGCACUCUCAAUCGUUUGUAACUGUUUCUCCUUUUUCAAAAUCAGCGACUGGUUCCGUAACUGAUUUCUCCAGCCUUGAAGACCAAGUUAAACACCUGGAGUCAAAGUUUCAAUUGCUGACAAAUGAAGCUUACCGAUUGCUCAAGCAAUCUGGUGUCAGUAUAGACGAUUUCUACGCUACUAUAUCAAGCAUGAAACUCUCACUAAAGCACCUUGCGGGAAAAUAUGUCAGAGAAUGUUUUAUGAAAACAAGCAACUUUUCGAUGAUUUGGGGUGAUUUAAAUCAAUUCUGGGAUUUCUUCAACUGUGAGCUUUUCCAACACGUGGUUCGAGUCAUGUUCACUGAAGAUGACAAUCCUUUGCCGAGCAAACUAGCCGAGUACGAGAAUGAACUGGAAAUAUUUCUUCAUGGAACAAAGCUUUGUGAUUUCGUUGAGUAUUGGCCAUUUACAAUCACAAAACCAAAGCAAACAUCGAUAAAAAAGCUUAAAAGAGUAAUCGUUACUGUAUACAAGAAAUGGGAAGAUUGCACCUUGCACGAUGUAAAGAAAACUAGAAGAAUUUUUUCGAAAGAGUUUUCGCUACCUAAAGAGUUUAUGGUUCUGGCAGGUGUUAGUGAGAGCAGUGUGUGCAUCCUCUGGUACGUUCCUCCUUCUCUGGCUAGCUCAAUAGAGCAACAGAUGAAACAAGGAAAGAGUGGCUUUUUAGCAGACAAUAGCUUUUUAUCCAUCAAUAUCGAUGGUGUCCAACUCGACCUCUUAACUCCAGGCCAAAAGAGAAUGUGCACAUCUAUGCUAAAUUCAUUGGAAGACAAAGACCAGCUGACCGUAUUUCACUGGCUGUUUAAAAGAGGUUACAAAGUUUAUAUUGCUGAUAUCCUUAAAGAAAGGAAAAUGAGAAUUCAUGUAAAUAACUCCUGGUCUGAUCGCGACUUCUUUGUGGCUAGCUACUGCAUUGCUCGGUCAAACUGUGCAUGGGUUAUUGAUUUUAGUGGCUCAUCCAUAGAAGAUAAGAAGAUGACUUUGUUCCUUCAAGCACUAUGUAGUGCCAAUAGAGGAGAGCAGGGAAAUGCUUUCAUCACAUCAAUAGACUUCAGGUCUAAUGAUCUCACCUCACAAAGUCUCCGAUACAUGCAAGACAUUCCUGCUCACUUCCUACACCACCUGAAGACGCUUGAUGUUUCCCAUAACAAUCUUGACGGUACUGCUAUGGCCCACAUUGCUAAAGCCAUACCCCACAUGCCUUCACUAAAUAGCCUUGAUCUGAGCUGGAAUCCUAUCAUUAUCCAGAGAGGAGGUGCAUGUCUUUUAUCAGCCCUAUGUGAUCACAACGCCUUGAAAAAACUAAAUUUGUCAGGGACUAAUAUCGCCCAUGCGGACUGUGAACAAUUAGCUCGACUCUUGUGUUCUAGUCAGUGCCUUGAAUCGUUGGAUGUCAGUGGCAACUUUCUCUCCUCUAACAGUGUCCACACUUUGCUUAGAGGACUUCAGCUAAACAGCUCUCUGACACAACUGGACGUAUCACACAAUAGCAUUUCCCUGGAGGCCAUGAUGACUCUAUGUACUUAUCUUGGAGACGAUGACAAAUGCAAACUGGAGACAUUGGAUCUGUGGGGCAGUAACAUUUCUCCAGAAUCAGCUAUUGAGCUAGCACACGGACUCAGUCGAAACUGUUCAGUGAAGGAGCUGAGCGUGUCGUACAAUCCACUUGGAGACAGUGGAGUGGCUGCCCUCGGUACUGCACUAGAAACAAACAAAACAAUCACUGAACUCGAGUUAUUUGACUGUUCCAUCACUACCGUUGGAGGAGCAGCACUGGCAUCAUCUCUGAUGGCCAACUCAACAAUAGAGGAGCUGAACAUUAGCCACAAUUCGUUAGGAGGAGAAGCCAUUCAACGAUUUGCUGAUCUAAUACAACACAACGACACAUUAAAGAGGCUAGAUACUAGCGAGGAUGACUCAUUAACUCAAUCUGAUAUUGAUAUCCUCUUCAAGAGUUUAGCAAACAAUCUAUCACUCGAAGAGCUGAGACUGCCAUAUUAUCUUAAAUUAGUUGAGGACACUGACCAGAGAGUGGUGUGGUGGUAGUAUAUAGUCUAUAAAUUAAAGGUGAAAGCACCCGGGUGCUGAUGCCUCUGUGGAGGCACCAAAGCUAUACGACAUGAAGCUUGGCUAUUUAUUUGUGCAAAAAGUGGGAA